AUGCUUAGACGGUGUACGCAGCAGUUCACUCAGACAACAUUACGUCUGUACGUUCGUCUUUACUCCUCCAAACCUCCCAAGGAGCCUGAGUCAGUAACAGGGUUGCCCUUGUCUGUUCCAAAGAGCAAAAGAAGGUUAGGUGCCUUGAAUGCGGCCAGGGACAUUUCCCCUGGAACGAGCAUCUUGAAGGGUAAAGAUGAGGACACCUCCAGAACCACAAGAUCAAGACGGAACAGUAAAGCUAAAGACGAUAAGAAGUUGAAGAAAACUCUGCCAUCUUUUAUUCCCUUCUCCAAAUUCCCACAAGCACCCAAAGAGUUAUUUGAUUUAUCAUUGGAUGAGUUAUAUGGAAGAAUACUUUUGGAUUCUAAUAAGAGUAAUCAAGACAAGGAGGGAUCUUCAACUUCAGGACUCCCAAUUUUACCUAGUGAAAUAAAAAAGACCAAAAAUCCAGAUUUUUAUGUUGAUUUUGAAAUACCGAAGCAAUAUAUGAAAUCACUGAUUGCAGAAGACAUCACAGGUAGAGAUAAGGCAGUAGUUGAACAAUUAGAUGACUUUGCACUUUCUUCAGUUGAUGAGGAAGAUCCAGAAACUCAACAAGAUAAUGCCACUAGAGCUCUUAAAUUUAUCAAGUUGUAUUACGACCAAGACUCUAACUCCUUUCAACCUCUUCCUGAACAUAUUUUGAAGAGAUCUUUGAGUGGUAUGUUAAACCUUAACUCUGGGCUAGAUGAUAUUGAUGACGAAUACUUGUGGAGAUUGAUCCCUAGUGAGAAAUCAUUUGGGGUACCUCCUUUCGAAAAGGAGAUCCACGGGUUCAAAAAAUGGGAAUCUGAAAAGGUAAAGGAGUCAAAAGAGAAGGCCAACGUUGCAGAGAUAAAUAGAAAAGAAUUCAAAGAAUUUCAAGUUGAACUCCAAAAGUCAAACAACAGUUUAUUUAGAAAGAGUGCCCCAGAAGGAGCGUCAGGUGGAAGGAAGAAGUUAGACAGAAAAUUGAUGAAGAGGUAUAAGAAAUUGAAGGAUGAAGGUAAGCUUGAACAGAAGAUAACUAUUGAUGACGAAGAUAUUGACGAUAUCGCUACCAAAUUUAAGUGA